AGUAAAGGAGCGGCGGCGGGAGGUGGAAGGAGACGGAGAGACGGUGGAUACAAACACACUACAAUGGGGAACAUCUUUGCCAACCUGUUCAAAGGUCUCUUCGGUAAGAAGGAGAUGAGAAUUCUCAUGGUGGGCUUGGACGCAGCCGGAAAGACCACCAUCCUGUACAAGCUAAAACUUGGCGAGAUUGUGACCACCAUCCCCACAAUAGGUUUUAAUGUUGAAACAGUAGAAUACAAGAACAUCAGUUUUACAGUGUGGGAUGUUGGUGGUCAGGACAAAAUUCGACCUCUGUGGCGUCAUUAUUUCCAGAACACUCAGGGUCUCAUCUUUGUUGUGGAUAGUAAUGACAGAGAGAGAGUGAAUGAAGCCAGAGAGGAGUUAACAAGGAUGCUAGCAGAAGACGAGCUGAGAGAUGCAGUAUUGUUAGUGUUUGCAAACAAGCAGGACCUUCCAAAUGCUAUGAAUGCUGCUGAAAUCACAGACAAGCUGGGCCUGCAUUCCCUUCGUCAUCGGAACUGGUACAUUCAGGCUACCUGUGCAACCAGUGGAGAUGGGCUGUAUGAGGGCUUGGACUGGCUCUCUAACCAGCUGAAGAACCAGAAGUGAUCCCUUUCCAUAUGAGUGCCCUCCAUCCCUAUGCCCCUCUCUCUCUCCCACCCAACUCCCAUCCUGUUCAACAUCUUGUCAGAGCUGGCUAGCAUCUCUGCUGUGUACCGGGCAGGCAUGUUUCGUUCAGCACACGUUACAGUUGUGUGUGCUUGCACGCCUGCUUGAGUGGGAGCAGCAAUCUCACACUGUGCCUUAUACAUGCUUAGCAGUAUUAAUCCUCCACACCCAAAAUAACACUACCCAUUCAGCCAUGUCAGCAGUUGCCUUCGACACCCAUUUUGUGCAUUGCAUUCAGAUUGUGUAGCAUCCUUUCUGCCUAUCUUGGCGUUGUGAUGUAAACAUUCAGGGCAUCUUGCAUUAAAAAAUGCAGUGAAGUGCCCCUCACCUCUCCAUAUGCUGCCUUUAAAUGUAUCCAUUCAUGCUUUUAUCCACCCAAUUUGAUUGUGUCACAACUUUUAUUUCCCCUAGAAGGCCAUUAUUUUUAAGCAAGUUUGGCAUUUAUUAGAAAUGGCCUUUUUUCAUUUUACAUGGCAGCUGUAGAGCUGAAAAAAUGGGUGCAUAGACACGGUCAAGGUAGUGGGCUUUCAGUCUGUUACUGCAACUCCCAUCAGACAUUGCAGUAAUGGUAAUUAGGUUGGCAACAGUCGGAGAGCCGUAGGCACUGGAUUGAAUAGAAUAGGUUAUAGGAAUGUUUCACUUUCUCAGUGUUGGCCCAGUGCAGUUUACAUACUUCUCUACAUACCUGCACACUUCAUACUGACUUGCAUGUAGUAUCACCAGCCUGCUCUUAAAGGCUUCUGAGAUGACUGCUCCCACUCUUUAGAAUUUUUUUUUUUUUUUAUUUCUAUAAGGAAUAUCCUUGGGUGCUCUUGGAUAUCCCCUGCCUGGAAGGAAAUCUGUACAGUGAUGAGGUAUUCUAAUUUACUAAUAUUUUAUUGCAUCAAAUAUAUAUAUAUAUAUAUAUAUAUAUAUAUAUAUAUAUAAUUUGUCCCCCCAAAUUGUCAAUUCUUGGUCUCAAUGUAGCUUUGUGUUUAUCAGAACGACUGAGAUUUGGGGAUUUAAGAAUAAUUGAGCAGCAGGGAGGUGAGGGGGUAAAAAGGUGAGAGGGAAUAUGUAUGUGCACAGUCACUCCAGAAAUGUAUUGACUGGUUUGCGGCAUUUCCAGAGUUCUGGGGGGGGGGGACAUCCACAAACAGGAAGGGCGCAAGGUGUACAUUACUAGUAACAAGAAUGUAGGACAACUCGGUAAAUAAAUAAUUUUAUAUGGAAAAAAAACCUGCUAAUUGUUUUUUGCGAAGCGACAUAGUUUGAAAUGUAUAAAAUUGGGUGGUUAGAAAAUGGAUUUUGGUUAAAAGAAAAUAAUCGGAUAACUGUUUAAUUUGGGGGAAAAAUAUUGAAAUCCAGAAACAAGGGCUGGGCAGGGCUACUGUUCUAUUAAGCAGGAUAAAGACAGGUUACGGCAGAGUUAAGGCAACCUACAGCAUUCCAAGGUGAUCCUGGGGGUUGUAGUUGUGUACGAGCAUUGGUCCGUACCAUCAUCAGAGCCAUAUUUUAGUAUAAAUGACUUAUUUACACCCCUCUCCCUUAGCGUUUGGCUUAGCUGUGAAACAUUUUAUCACCAGCAGAAUUACCCCCACACUGAGGGUUCUAUCCUUCCCUUCAUUCUGUACCCCGCUUCCCUCCCACGAGGCCACACCUACUGGAUCUAACGAACAUUUCAAUUAAUGUCUUUUUUAAUAUGGAGGCGGGAGAGUGGUUCUUACUUUGUGUUACUCCCAGUGUGCAGCAUCAGGGGUUUCCGUUUCAUCUUAAACCUCAAAAGAUUUGUAGACCAUUUUUUUCUUUUUGUGGGGACUUGGGAAUGUAGCUCUUAACAAUUUUAAAUAUAUAUAUAUAUAUACUUCUUUAAAAGUCUGUAAAUGAGACCGUUUUCAUAUCUUCAUGCGUCAAAUGAAUCGAAGCUUUAAUGCUCAACUUUUAUUUUCCUGUAUAAACUGAUUCUAAAGUGUGAAGUACAUGAUGUACAAUUGGACCUAAAUCUUUUUCUUUUUUUUUUUUUCUUUUGUUUUCUAACCAUGUUGUAAUUUGUCUGAUAUGCUCUAAAAUAAAAAGUAUUGAAAUAA